AUUCUGUAUGGAGGAAUGGUAUAAGAUCUCACCCAAUGUGUUCUCCAGUCAGAUUCUAUUCUGUAUGGAGGAAUGGUAUAAGAUCCCACCCAAUGUGUUCUCCAGUCAGAUUCUAUUCUGUAUGGAGGAAUGGUAUAAGAUCUCACCCAAUGUGUUCGCCAGUCAGAUUCUAUUCUGUAUAAAGGAAUGGUAUAAGAUCCCACCCAAUGUGUUCUCCAAUCAGAUUCUGUAUGGAGGAAUGAUCAGAUUCUGUAUGGAGGAAUGGUAUAAGAUCCCACCCAAUGUGUUCUCCAAUCAGAUUCUAAUGGAGCUGAUGAUAAUUAUCCUCCUGCUAACUCUAGCCCAGUCUGCAGAGAGUGGAGGAAAACCUGCUAAGAAAGUUAAGAAGGGAAAGCAAGUCAUAUGUCCUUCACAGCUGUCUGCAGAGGAGAUUGCUCAGGUACCAGCCAACUCCACCAGCAACAUCCUCAACAGGCUGAUGGUGACAUAUGACUCUCGGAUACGACCCAACUUUAAAGGUGUUCCGGUGGAAGACAAGAUUAAUAUGUUCAUCAACAGUUUUGGCUCCAUCCAGGAAACCAACAUGGACUACCGUGUGAACAUCUUCCUGCGCCAGCGGUGGAACGACCCGAGGCUGAAGCUCCCGGCGGACUUCAAAGGAGAAGCGCUGACGGUGGACCCCAAGAUAUUCCAGUGUCUGUGGAAACCAGACCUGUUCUUCGCCAACGAGAAACACGCCAACUUCCAUGACGUCACGCAAGACAACAUCCUGUUGUUUAUCUUCAGGAACGGAGACAUUCUCAUCAGCAUGAGGUUGUCGGUGACCCUGUCCUGCCCUCUGGACCUCACUCUGUUCCCCAUGGACACACAGCUCUGCAAGAUGCAACUGGAGAGCU